UCUGAGAACCAGAAGCUGGCAGCACAUUCACGCGGUUACAUAGCAUCGCCGAAGUAUACAAUGGAAGUGAUGGAUUUGGAUAGAAAUCCUACUGAGGUUGUACAUGCAGGCGAUGAUGGCUAUCUUCUGAUUACGCCGCACGAGAACUUAGGCAGAUUCUGGACUAUUAGCCUGACCGCUUACGAUAUUAACAGUGGUCGAACUCGCCCUAUCGUCGAUUCCGAAGGGUACGAAGAUUUUCAUUUUAUUGAGUUGCUCUGUGCGGUUCCAAAUGGUUCUCUCAAAGAGAUAAGUCGAACGGAGCAAAAUCGCUUGCAACUGAAGAUUACUUUUGAUGGAUUUUCCGACGAGGCGGACAUAAUCUAUCAUGCGUAUAUCAAGCAGUGUGAUGAUUUUUGUGAUAUGAAGUGUAACGGUUCGUUAGAUUUGGCGAGAAAUCAACAGUCUAACAAAAAUAUGAUGGGGCGGAAAAAACGCUCAUUGGCGCCAUCUGAAUCGCGAUUGUUUGAACUCUCUGAAGAUGUAUAUGCGGUUGAAUCAACCAUCAAACUCACGAUGAAGCAAAGGACACAUAAAAUUAAAGCAGAAAAUUACAGCAAAAAUAUGAUCGGGCGGAAAAAACGCUCAUUGGCGCCAUCUGAAUCGCGAUUGUUUGAACUCUCUGAAGAUGUAUAUGCGGUUGAAUCAACCAUCAAACUCACGAUGAAGCAAAGGACACAUAAAAUUAAAGCAGAAGAUAGUGAAUUCCGGAUGAUGCAAAUGAAUGGACAUAACGACAACAAUCGAAUGGUCACUCAUGUAAGCUGA